UCAUGUCGGAGCCCAUAGAUUAGUUAAUUCGUUAAUGGAAAUUGAUACACUGGAAUUCAGUACAGUUAUAAAUUAAAGCUAAAGUCAUUUUAGACGGUUCACAACACAAGUAUCGUGUGUAUGAGAUUCGAGGAGGCCACCAGAUACCUGCGUUCCGUCUGUGUGACACCAUGGGUCUAGAAGAGGACCAGGGACUAGAUGUGGUCGACAUGUCCUAUGUGCUAGAUGGUCACGUGCCGGACCAUUUCCAGUUUAACCCGGCUGUGCGUAUCACACGUAAAUCUCCUGGUUUUGUGAAGGAUCCUGGUUUGGCUGACGUCAUUCACUGCGUAGCACUUGUCAUAGAUGGCAGCACAUACAAGGUCAUGCCACCCAAGGUCAAGGACAAAUUGCUGGGUAUACGAACUCUGGCACGUGACAAUGAUAUCCCUGUCCACGUUAUCUUGACCAAGGUGGACAAAGUAUGCAAAGACGUAGCUGAAGACCCAUCUGUGAUAUUUCACAGUCGUCUGAUUGAAAAGAAAGUGAAAGAAAUCAGUGACGCAUUCGGUAUACAGAGUAAUCACGUCCAACCCGUGAAGAACUACGAGUCCGAGACCUCCAUUGACCCCAGAGUGGACAUCCUGACACUGAACGCCCUCAGGCAGAUGACCGGAAGUGCCGAGGACUACAUUGAGGAUCAACUCGACGACAUGGAGGAGGAGACCGACACCCAAAUGUCUAAGAUGAAUAUCAAAAGUUAACUGCGAGGAUGCCCGGAACCACGCAAAAUUUAGUAAUGAAUUAUUUCAUUUUAAUGACUAGACACAGUUAUAAUUGAUUUACUUCUAGUUAUUAUCUUGGGUUAAAAUAGACAUAUUUUGUUAUAUAAAUCAAUACCAAAUGAGAAAAUUUUGUAAUAUUGCUGUUAUAAAGUACCUGCUUUCCUCAAAAUCAUUGCAGUUAUUUUAGGAUAUAUCAAAGAAUGAAAUGAUUUUAAAUUUUUUUUUUAUUAAAUGUUGAUCACAUUUUUGGUUUCUUAUUCAGACCAUUACUUACUUUCUUAGAACUGAUUGUUGUGAGUUUACAUAAUAGAAAAGCGACCCGAUUUCUGUUUUAAUAUCAUUCCGUGUGAAACAUCAACUUUGAUCUUAAAAUCACUUAAUAGAAAAGUUGUUGCUUUGAGCUAAACGAACAUUGCGCAAUUCGUCUUUGAAGAACCAAAAUGAUAUAAAAAUGUAUU